AUGGCUUACUACGUGAAGCUCUGGUCUCCAACAGAGGGCAAUGCAUACUACGGUAUCUACGCUAUCAUUUGUGGCAUUAACGGGACUAUGGUGUCGAAGGCCAGUAUUUUCUUACAAUCUUCGUCAUACGCGAAGUCGUGGAGCUCUGUACUCAGACGUACCAAGCGCAUCGGUCCAGUCACUUACUAUCGCGCGUGUGGCUGA